AUGUGCUCGCCUGCCAGUACCAAAAUCCUAUACAGGAAUCCCCGGUUCCUCCGGUUAGCUUUUCUGCAGCUUCAUCACCAGCAACAGAGUGGUGUGUUCUGUGAUGUCCUUCUGCAGGCAGAAGGUGAGGCAGUCCCAGCCCAUUGCUGCAUCCUGUCGGCCUGCAGCCCUUUCUUCACAGAGCGCCUGGAGCGGGAGAGGCCGGCUCAGGGUCGGAAGGUGGUGCUGGAGCUGGGAGGCCUAAAGAUCAGGACACUUAGGAAACUCGUGGACUUCCUGUACACCUCAGAGAUGGAAGUAUCUCGAGAAGAAGCCCAGGAUGUGCUUUCUGCUGCUCGUCAGCUCCGUGUAUCUGAGCUCGAAUCCCUUCAGCUAGAGGGUGGGAAAUUGGUGAAGGCCCCUGAAGGCCGAAGACUGAACCGGGAGUGCUUACAGCCUCCCAGUGCUACACCUAUCUCUGCCAGGGUGGUGGCGUCCAGCCCCCGCCUGCGAACUCCACUGCCUGUUACCCCAACUCCCUGUUCUUUUGAGACAGUGAGAUUGAAGAUCUCAGGGAAGGAAGAGGGGUCCCAGGAGAAGAGCAACCGACAGAACGUGGAGAACUUGUCUGGCACUCUUCUGCUCAAGAGGAAGGCCAGAGCCUGCCCAACUCCACAGGAAAAAAGCUCUUCACCAUCAAGCCGCAGCUGGGGACAUAAGGAGAACAAGAGUGAUCCUGCCCUUGGUCCUACAGCACUUUCCCCACCCAGCUUGUACCCCUCUGUGGAUGAACAGCUGUUGCCCAGAAAGAUCAGGCUGAGUCGCUCAAAGCCCUCUCCUGAUGUCUGUAUAUCCAAGCCUGCCAGCCUUUUAAGCGGACCCAGGUCAGUGCCCACAGCCCCUGGCCGGCGUCUUUGGAGGCAGAAGAGUAUAAAGAAAGGAGCGCCAGAGGACAAGCUGAAAACAGAGCGAGCUAGUCCUCUGCAGAGCACCUCAAGCCCAUCUGGCCUCGGAAAGACGAGCGGGAGCAAGAAGCGGAGCCCUGAAGUCAGGGCACCUAACUCAGACUCUGCAGAAGAGGGGCAGGUUGGAAGAGUGAAACUGCGCAAGAUUGUCAACGGCACCUGCUGGGAGGUGGUGCAGGAGCCUCCCCUCAGAAACUCUCAAGAUAGCCCUCAGAUCCCAGAACCUGAAGACUGGGAAGAGCCUCCAGGGACGCAGCCACCCUCAGUUAACAAGCAGGAAACGUCACCUGCCAGAACAGACCUGUGUGAGGGCUCCCCGGGGUGCUCUAGGCUGCAAGACAUCCUGCUCUCUACUAGCCGCUCCCCACACCGCCCAGUGGUGAAGUCUGAGUUCGGGUCCAGCCCAGAGAUGGCAGGGAAGGAACCUGGACUGGCUGUUGACUGCAGAGAGCCCUAUGCGUUUGACACAGCCCUACUCGGGCAGCCCUGUGAAGCCGAGGAGUACCGAAUCACCAGUGCUGCCGCCACCAGUGAGCUGGAGGAGAUCCUGGACUUCAUGCUCUGUGGUUCAGACAUUGAGCCACCCAUGGGGUCUCUGGAGAGUCCCCGGCCUGAGGGCUGCAGAACCCCUAGUUACCACCUGACAGAAACAGGAAAGAACUGGAUAGAAGGGGAAGAAUGGUGUUUGCCAGACAUGGAACUGUGGCCCAGGGAGCUUGCAGGACUGGAAAAGGAACCUGUUGGUGAGAACAAAGGGCCAAUUGAGCCCUUUAGCUCCCUUGUCUUGCCCUCUGAGAACAAAGAGCCAAUUGAACCCUUGAGCCCCCUUGUCAUGCCCUCAGAGACGAGUGAAGGGGAGGUGUUUUCAGUGGAAAGCUCUUGGUCUCCAGACCUGGAAAUUACCAGCUCCCAGUCACUGGAUGGUCAGAGAGACAAGCUUCUCCACACUGACUCCCUUGACCCUCCCCAAAGGUCCUAUGGGGACCUCUCACCUCCCUGUUCAAACUGGGUGGAGACUGGGCUGGAAGUGUCCCUACCUAUGGAUGAGGUAUUACACCCUGCUCCAGAAGCAGGCAAGGAGGUAUCUGGCAGCUCUGAGUUGCUGGGUCCACUUCCUGCCAGCCCUGAAGAGGAAGAGAUUGACGUGGUGGACUGGUCGUCAGAGGGGACUGCGCCCACGGAUAUUCCCUCCGUAUGGCCCGACCCUUCCUCAGAGUCAGAAACAGAGGUAGACAUACUAACGUAGUGGAGUGGGGAGGCAGGUUGGAGGCACUGGGAGGGUGGGAAAUGUUGGCUAGCAAAAGAUACACUGACAGGCAAGCACAUGCCCUGUCCUCUUAGCACAAGGGGCAGUUGUGUCCCUAGCUCGCUCUAUAGGGCCUCUCCUUCCUUCCCCAGGCUUUUGGAGCCAGGCAGAAGUAAUACCAUGGUUAGAAAAUUAUGAACUUGAACCACCUUACUUCUUUAUAAUCUA